UCCCUCCUCCCGCCGACAUGCAGCAGGGCCGGCCAUCCCUCUGCUGCGUCUCCACCAUCCGCAGCUCGCAGGGACCAUCCGAGCCAGCCGCCGCUGCCGCCUCUGCUCACUUCAGCUUCUGCCGCAGCCUCCUGGAGCACACGGUGUCGGCCGAAAACCUCAGCUACCGCCUGCAGCGCAACCCGGGCAGCAGCCUCACCUGGCACGACGGCCGCAGCCAGCGCCCCGACGGCGGCCGCACCGUCAAACUCCUGCGGCAGCCGGGCACCGAGGGCUCCCAGGUCCGUGGCUGUGACCACUAUGGCAUCUACCACACCAGCCCCACGCUGGGCAGCCUGGUCAAGCCAGUGGUGCUGUGGACCCAGCAGGAUGUGUGCAAAUGGCUGAAGAAGCACUGCCCACACAACUAUCUCAUCUACGUCGAGGCGUUCUCCCACCACGCCAUCACAGGCCGGGCGCUGCUGCGGCUGAACGGGGAGAAGCUGCAGCGCAUGGGGAUCGCGCUGGAGACGCAGCGGCAGGAGGUGCUGCAGCAGGUGCUGCAGCUGCAGGUGCGCGAGGAGGUCCGGAACCUGCAGCUGCUCAGCCAAGAUUGCACCAACACUGUGAACCGAGCUCCGCUGGGACGGGCUGUGCAUCUCCGAUACGAGACCUGAGCCACACACUUGGAAUAAGAAGAGACAGCUUCCCAGACACUCCAGGGCUCCUCUCCUGCUUCUUCCUUCUCUUUCUUUUAAAGGAAUACAUUCCUGUGCAGGGAUGGAAGGUUUCGUCCAGCAGACACGGCUCUUGGCUGGAGGAAAAUCAGCAAACCAGCUGCUGGGACAGAUGAUGAACUUCCAUCCACCCGAGCCUCAAAGUUCACAGGGAAAGAGAUGGAAAAAAGGAGAUGGCAAAAGGCAGGGCUCAGCACUGUGAAGAAAGGGAACACAAUGAUUCCAGGGACAGCUCAGAGCCAUGUGCAGGACACUGAAGCAUUUUGCACUUGGGCAACAUCCCAGCACCUAGCAACUCGUGUCCAUGCCUCGGAGCUUAUUUAGGGAGCUUUGGUUUCCUCAUCAGACUGGGCUGCCUUCCAGCAUCCGGGGAGGUGACAUUAUCAGUAGCAAAUAAGAUGAUACAACCAGCCAAAAAAUUCAAAGUGGGGCCAAGACCCCAGCACCCAGCUGCACGUGUGAGUUAAAAAGGGAGCUGAGUCAUCAGAGCUGGAAAAUCUGCAAGUAAAAGCAGGUUGGAUGCACUGAGAGGGUUCCAUGGCCUGGAGGAACCUGUGCCAAGAGCUCAUCCUUCAUCCACAGGCAGACAGGGGAGCCUGUGCAGGGGCUGGGGGGAGCAGGCAGGGGUGCUGCCGGGUGGUUGUGGGUGCUGCCCAGGGUGGGGCUGGGGGAACACUGGGUGCCAGGUCCUCCUGGGCCCCCAUGCCUGGUUCUGUCUGCUCCAUGCUCCCACCAGCUCUGCAGAGCUCUGCUCACCCAGGCAUUGGCAGGUUCCUGUCCUGACCACCUGCCCAAGAGCUGGAAAUGGUGCCACCAAAGCCAGGCACCAUCCUGAUGACCUUCAUCAUCAUUACAGUGAAAGUGUUUGCUGUUAGGCCCCCAUCUCCCAAAUUCUCCCAUACAGAGCUACAGCCUGCCCUUGUGGGCAGAUAAGGAAAAUCCAUAUGUUAAUCAGGAUUUUUGGCCAGGAUGGAUGCUGUCACUUCCCCACAUUCCACCUCAAGUGAUGGGGGUAGGGCUAUGGGUCAUGGGGGUCCAAAAACAGCAGCACCCCAAAACCCUGGGGCAUUGGGAUGUGGAGGCAGGUCACAGUGCCCCCUGGCCAGGCAUCCUCCUGCCUGCUUCUCUGCUGGUAAUAAAUUAGAGACUGUUAUUUUAACCCA